AAUGCUAUGGCCAGGUGGCCGAUUACUGGUGAGCUUUGUUUUCUUUUUUAGACUGUUUUGACUUCCUGAUUUAAGAAAAUAAAGAAGAAAGUUUACUUUUACAAACAGAGAAUGGAAAACCUUUUUUUUUUUUCCUUUUUGAGACUAUAACCUCUUAUUAUUUGAGGACGUUUGUCCUCAAUUUAUAUUGUAUGGUAUUAAUGACCCAGUGACACCAUUCUUACUGUUUAGCUGCACACAGUCCGAUAAUUAUUUGCCUUUUGCAAUCCUCCCUCUAGAACAAUGAAGAUGUAAAAGGUCAUCAGAGCAAGAAACCUGCCUUUCUGCUCCUUUGCUGACUUCAGGUGCUAUGGGGGCAUUGAGGAAGUGCAUCUCAGCUGAGUCAUCCUCCCACUAAUGGUCUUACUCCAAAACUUUCCUUGGGUUUGGUGAUGAGCAUGUCACCAAGGGGAGAAUCAAUGGCUUUAUUGAAAUCAGAGAGGUGCAGUAGGAGGACCUUGGCUUAUUCAACUAGAUCAGGAUUUUUUUCUUUUUUUUUGAGUGAGGUCAUCUCUAUAUUAGUGUUCUUAAGUGAUUCCUCUUUGUAAGACUUUAGAAAGAAACAAAAUUCUGACAUUUCCAAAUCAAUAAACUCUUCAAAGCCUAUUUUUUACACUGACAUAUAACGAUACAAACUUUAAGAAUUUCCAGGUGGCCCAUAGAGGAAAUAUUCACCACGUAGAGAGAGGUUGCACCCAGGCAGUUUUCUAAAGCAAUUAGUAAUUCUCAGCCCAAUCUGUGUCACUGGUCACAACAAGAACAAGUGAAUCAGUGAAUAGUCAGUGACAGGAUACAAGUGUAACUGAUGGCAGAAUUUCUUAGGAGGAGCUCGCUUUCUUUUCCUUUAGUGGAUUCCACUGGCUGGGAGAUUGACUGAUCUCCUUCACUGGCAUGUGGAUUGGCGCCAGCCUCUGAUUGCAGGAACAGAACGUGUUCAUCAGCCAGCAUUCCUCCAGGCUGAUUCUCUGUCUAAAUAAGCCCUUAAACUGGGUGGAAGUUCUGAGGACUUCAAACGUGGUUUGAUGUUCACUUCUGUUCCAACUUUAGGACAGCUAGAUAAGACACAGUAAUGAGAAAUUUUAAUCAAGGACUAAAACUUGUGGAAAAUAAGGAGUAUUUUUAGAUUUAUAUUCCAAGAGACAGCAUUGCCUAGAGGGUUCAUCCCUGGAGAAAGACUCUCUGGGUUCAAGUUCCAACUAAAGCACUUUCUAGUUCUGUAUAACCUUGGGCAAUUUCUUUAUCUCCACGUGCCUCAGUUUCCUGUCUUGUAAAAGAGGGAGAGAGGUAGUACCUACCUCAUUGGUCUGUGGAGGGAACUGAGUUAUUACAUACGGAGUACCUAGAACAAUGCCCCGAGUAACAACUCUUUAUUGAGUGAUUCUACAUUAAGAAUAAUGAUAUUACUAAAUUAAUAACGAGCAUUACAUGGACGCAUUCAAGCAUUGGUUCUAAAGUAUUAAAGUCAUACCUGCAUUAACCAGGCAGUCAAGACCUGGACUGUGCCAAAGCACUUUGCAUGCAUUACCUCACUUAACUUCAAAGGCCCUUUGAGGUCGUAACUAUUAUUAACAUCUUUUUACUGAUGGGGACACAGAGAUGUGGAGAGGUUGAGGGGCUUGUCCAGGGUCCAGCGCAGGGGCCUCCCGCAAGCUGAAGCCCGGCUGUGCCGCCAGGACCACGUGUGGCUGCCUCUUCUCCAGCUCAGCCCAGAGCAAGGUCUUAUUAGCUCCCAGCUGCUUUAUCCUUCCUUCUGCCCUUUCCACCUCCUCCUUUGGUCAGAAAAGUGAAGGUCAUUUCCUUCACAUUGCCUAAAAUUGUUUAGUGGAUUCUUUUCUUAAAAACAAACAAAACAAAACAAACACCAGCACGUCCUGUGUACUACACUGGAAAAACCCCAAGAUUUGGAGUCAGGCAAGCUGGGUGCCGGGAAAGAAAAGACCUGUAAUGUGCCCUGAGGACCUCUGCGGGCAACUCCUUUCACCCAGGCUCCAGAGCCCUCACAGCCCCAGCGAGGGCACUUCUAAUCCCCAAGUUGAGACCAGAAAACCAGGCUUAGUUUGAUCGGUCUUAAAGCCGCUGCUUCUCCAGGGAUCCAUGUCCGGGUCUGGGGGCAUCCUGAAGCCCUUACACUACUUUCUCUUCUCCUCCCGGUGCCCGCCCCCCCCCCACACACACAUACACACCUGUGUGAGCGACUGGGAAGACGUGCAGGUGUGCAGGGAGGGAGCAGGACGGGCGCAGGGGCGGAGGGGCAGAGGUCACCUCAUCCGCAACAUGCACGGUGGGCCCCGCAGUCUUGGUGCCUAAGCUAAACCAUGUGCACAACCCUUCCUCCAGUUCGUUGGUGAUUUACCAUUCGCCCUCUUGCCCUGGGUUAGGAGUCACGUACCUCAGUGACAGCCGUGGGUUUUCAAUUGCUGACGAAUUGCUGACGAACAAGAGUUUGUUGAAAAGCUGCUAGUGGCUGUGGCCAUUUAGCCCUGAACGCAAUUAUAGCCACUUAGCUGGGGUGUACCUUGGUGUGCCUGCUGUUUUCUUUAAGACUGUAAACAAUGCCUGGGAGGGUAGAGGAAAAGAAGAUGGUUUGGGGAAAAUGCUGCAUUCCACAUCCCUGUUGGGGUUUUAUUGAAUUAUCCAAAUAGACCUCAUUUGAUGUAGCGAUCAACCCUUGCUGCCAUUUCCUUCUCGAUUCUGUGUCAUUGCCCAUGUGGUGAUAACUCCCUAAGCAGGUCAGCUUCCUCGUCUGCUUGGGUCGGUGGGAGGGAAAUACCCCUUCUGCCAGGGGUGGGGCAUUAUUUGUAAUGUAAGACUACCUCGUGGCAGCAAAACACCUGCCUGCUGUCUGCCCAUGAGCUUUGAGUGGGUGGGGUGUUUGUAGAAGGUGACCUCGCUGCCCUGGUUUCGGCUUUAGAAAAGACGUGGCCGCGUAAUUGCCAGUCUUAGCCCAGCCAGCUCCAGUCAGACCUGGGUCACGCCUCUGGAAAUCAUCCCCAUCCCUCCACCCGUGGCCCCUGGUAGAAGAGUACCCCAAGUAACAACUUUUUUUUUUUUUUUAAGAUUUUUUCGAUGUGGACCUUUUUUAAAGUCUUUAUUGAAUUUGUUACAAUAUUGCUUCUGUUUUAUGCUGUGGCUUUUUGGCCGUGAGGAAUGUGGGGUCUUAGCUUCCCGACCAGGGAUCCUAGGGAUUGAACCCGCACCCCCUGUAUUGGAAGGCGAAGUCUUAAUCACUGGACCACCAGGGGAGUUCCAACAACUCUUUAUUGAGUGACUCUGCAUUAAUAAUAAUGAUAUUAUUAAAUUAACAAAGAACAUUACAUAGAAGCAUGCAGGCAUUCAUUCUACAACAUUGUAUGUAUGUCAACAUCGUCUGUGCUGGGAGGGGCUGUGGGUAUCAUGCAGAGGUUGUGUCCUGAGAAAAGCUAAGGUUGAGAACUGUGAUCUCUAAGCUCCUGCACCCGCGCUUCCCUGCCCCUCCUGAGAAGGCUUGGAGCACACACUUCCCUACUCCAGCUAGUGCGUCGACAGUCUGAGUUGAGCCAGGAGGCCAUGGCUGCCUGCCCAGAGAGGGAGGGUCGCAGGGCACCGGGGAAGGAGAGGCGGCAGGCACGCUGUGAGGAGUCCUGGGGGAGCUAGCUCUGGGCCCUGUGUCUGAGCUUCGCCAGCCAGGGACAAGAAUUAAUUCUAAAGGAAGAAAGAGGAGGGAAUCGGGACAGCCCAGAGGCCUUACUUUCUGACUUUCUUCCCACGCCAGACAUCUUUAAGUGGGAGAGCUCGUCUGUCUCCGGGACAGCCUUUAACAUCAGGGGAAACAAGCAGCCCUCCCUAUUCUGCCCUGUCCUAAGUCCAAGUAAAGCCCCUUCACCUACUCACCAUGCCAGAAAUGCCUUUGACUGAAAGCAUUCCUUUCCCCAAGUUAGAAGGAACAAGGGGUGGAGGUGCAAGCCUUUUGCUGAGAAUGAGCUUUUAUCAAAUCCUGAAAGGGGCCCAGUCUGGGGAGAUGUCAUCAGGUUAUCCGCAGGCACUGAAACCUUUGCCCUUUUAUGUAAGUGUGAUGUUGGUCAGCAAAGAUGUUGUCUGGACCUGGUAAUGGAGAAGGAGAAGAAGGGAUGAAUUUGAGGCGUAUUUGUGAGAUGAUCCUGUGGGUGUACAGGAAAUGGAAGAGUCGGGUGGCUUUCGAGUUUCGAGCUUGGGUCAUUGAGUGGAUAAACUGAGACAGAAAACACAGGAGAGGUGAAGGUGUCCUGUUUGGUUAUGGACUCAUUGAUGUUGAGUGCCCGUGGGCUAUCUAGUGGAGAUGUCUAUCAAGCAAUUGGAUGUUCACGUCAGAAGCUUGGGCAAGACGUAGGUCCUGAAGAUAAAGGUGUUGGCAAUGUAUAUACAUGGAAGGUAUACAUGGAAAUCCCGAAAGCAAGGAAGAGUGUUUGUGAGAAGAGCAGGAAGCUAAGAAUAGGACUCCGGAGAAACCCACAGAGGAGAGACUGAGGUGUGGUGGGGAGGACCCAGAUUCUACGGAACAGUUCAGCGUUGAUAAAUAAGAAUGAAGACAUUUAAAUGUUGUUUUAAAUACCACCUAAAGCAGAAAGCUUUCAUCCUGUUUCUAACCCUAUGGCUGUUCUCCUUGUUGAAGCUUCUAAAUGUGAAACGCCUCCUUUUCCCCGAAAGAGGCAUUUACUUGGUUGAGUACUCCCUAAGUACCUCGCCUUUUGUAAAGAACAGAUAUACCCAUGUUAAGAAUGAAAUCGGGUAUGAGAUUAACUGUUCAGGUGUCUAUGAACAGGAGCCUCUGGAAAUCGGCAAGAGUCUGGAAAUAAGAAGAAGAACCAUCAUCGACUUGGAUGAUGAUGAUGUUGUGGCAAUGACCAGUGACUGUGACAUUUAUCAGGCCCUACGAAGCUACCACGAAAAGCUUGUUUCAAGGGAGGAGAAAAGCUUCCCAAUAGCCUAUUCUUUGGUUGUUCACAAAGAUGCAAUUAUGGUUGAAAGGCUAAUCCGUGCUAUAUACAACCAGCACAAUAUUUACUGCAUCCAUUAUGACCGUAAAUCAUCUGAUACCUUCAAAGUUGCCAUGAACAAUUUAGCUAAGUGCUUCUCUAAUAUUUUCAUUGCUUCCAAAUUAGAGAUUGUGCAAUAUGCACACAUUUCCAGACUCCAGGCUGAUUUAAAUUGCUUGUCAGACCUUCUGAAGUCUUCAGUUCAGUGGAAAUAUGUUAUCAACCUGUGUGGGCAGGAUUUUCCUUUGAAAUCAAGCUUUGAAUUAGUGUCAGAGUUGAAGAAACUCAAUGGAUCAAAUAUGUUAGAGACAGUGAAACCCCCUAACACUAAGAUGGAAAGAUUCACUUAUCACCAUGAACUCAGACAGGUGCCUUAUGAAUAUGUGAAACUACCAGUGAGGACAAACAUCUCCAAGGAAGCCCCCCCCCAUAACAUCGAGAUAUUUGUUGGCAGUGCUUAUUUUGUUUUAAGUCGAGCAUUUGUUAAAUAUGUUCUCAACAACUCCCUCGUUAAAGACUUUUUUGCCUGGUCUAAAGAUACAUACUCGCCUGAUGAGCACUUUUGGGCUACCUUAAUUCGGGUACCAGGAAUCCCCGGGGAGAUUUCUAGGACAGCCCAGGAUGUGUCUGACCUACAGAGUAAGACCCGCCUGGUCAAAUGGAACUAUCUAGAAGGCCUUUUCUAUCCCAGUUGUACUGGCUCUCACCUCCGAAGUGUGUGUAUCUAUGGAGCAGCAGAACUAAGGUGGCUUAUGAAAGAUGGACAUUGGUUUGCUAAUAAAUUUGAUUCUAAGGUGGACCCUGUCUUGAUUCAAUGCUUGGCGGAAAAGCUUGAAGAACAGCAGAGAGAGUGGAUCACUUUAUCUUCAGAAAAGUUAUUUAUGGCUAAAACAGCCACAACCACAUUAUGAUAAAGUCAUGAUGGAAAUAAGGUUAAUAUGGAAUUGCAUGCUAUACCAUGGCCAGUACCAUUUGCGUUUAACCUUCUCAUAGUCUGAAAGGUGUCUACAGUUCCACACACAAGGGAAAGUGACCUGGCCUUUAGUGACAAUUAGUCUGUGGUUGGUUGGGUGUUUUCAUGUACGUUUUUGCUUGUAAUCUCACUGAGCUAAAUGGGAGAUUUUCAACAGUCAGUAAUCUGAUAUCUAUUGAGUUCCUGCUAUAUGCCAGGCACUUUUUUUAGAAACAUGUAGGAAUUGCAUCCAAGUUGUGAUGAGUUAUACAGUGCCCUCAAGGAGCUGUGGCUUACCCCAAUCACACAGCAACCUUAAUAUCUUAAGUUGUCCACGUAACAGGGUCCCACUGAAGAAGCUGUGGAGUGUGUGGUAAUAAUAUAACCAUAAUAACCACCAGUUUCUGAGCAGUGUUGACGUACAGUGACCAACGUUCCACUUGCCUCUUAAUUCAGCUCCCUAGACUUUUCUUAACCAUUAGAAUAUUAGAAGGAGAGACUCUACUACCUCAGAAGAACUAAAAGAAGUGUCCAAUUUCCUGCUUGCCAAAAGCAUAACUUACCUUAUGGUACCUCGCUUAUUCAAUUCAGGGUUGGGUGACUCUGUAUGGGGGGCGCAUUUCUAGUGUAUGGAUGUUAGGGAGGGGGUGAAGUUAAGUCGGGGGAUUGGGACGGGUGGUGCCUGAGGAGGAACAAAGGGAUUUGGGUGACUUUUCCAUCAUGUUACGCAAUGGUGUCGUGAAUGAGCUCCUUUGUAAUUCAGCUGUUUCUUUAAUACAUUUACUGAUUAACAGUUCAAAGUGUCACUCUCUCCAGAACGUCGAAUCUAAGUCUUUCUGUUCAUAGAUUAUCAUUAUAUGUAAGGUUUUUUUUACAAUGGAAUAGUAUAAUUUUGUUUUGUGGAACUGUCAAGCUAAGCAUCACUAAAUUUUCUUGAAAAGGUUGUGUGAAAUAUGACAGCUUACUAAAUUAACUAUUAGUCAUUAAAAUAAUGUACUUACUUCUCCGGCAACUGUCAAGUGGAGUCCAAACGUAAACUUAUAAAAGCUCUAAGUUCAUUGCAGUCUUCUCAGCUUCAAUCCAAGAGAGAAAAAGCUAAUUUUCCUAAGGACAUAGCAAGAAUAAUCACUAAUGAUAUUUUAUGAAAACUACACCUUAGAAAACUACCAAAAUCAGUCAAAAUAUACAUAUAUUUUCAUGUAACUAUUGUGCUGGAGGUGAAAUGGGACAGGAGUGGGGUCCUCAGAACAGGCUAUAAUAUUUUUAUGUCUCCUGGGAAGUAAUGGUACUCAUGUAAGAAAUUCUCCAUGAUCUUAUGUUUCAAUGUCAGCCUCAAUAACUACAUAAAGAUGUAGUAAUCAAGACCAGUAUGAGACUGUUGGAAGACAAGUAUUUAAAUGUUUUCAAAUGUCUGUGUUCUACAUGUGAAAUUCCUUUUGCUUGUUUUAAAGUUUAUGAUACGAUCUGCCAAGUGGCACCAUUUCUCUGUCCCUUUCUUUUUCUCCUGAACUUGUUUGUUUUCCCUUUUUUUCCCCUACCCCUUUCAAAUUACCAGUUUGUCCAUGUGUGUGACCGUGACAAUCUAAUCACUAUGAUCUCCAGGAGCCUCAGUUUUCUUGGUCUGUAAAGUGAACAGUUGGAUGUGUCCUUGGCUUCCUCACAUAUUUCUGUGUGAGAAUCAAUUGAGAUAAUAUAUAAAGUGGUUUGAAAAUGAGGACAAACUAUUGAAAUAUCAGCGAGCAGUCUUACUAUGAGGCAAACAUAGGUCUAACCGCAUUGUGACACUUAACCAUUUACCUUUUCUAAAAAACCUUCGAAAUACAAAAAAGCCACAAUUGCAGGGGCAACUUUUGUAACAGAUUCCAGGUACUAAGAAACCCCUGUCACCACAUCUGGGGCUCCUUUUAAACGAAUAAGAUUAGCAAAUUGGUCCAGUGGCUUAGAUCAGGAGUAGGGGUAGAAAUACUUUUCCUACUGUCCAGGCUUAAAUACACAAAGCCCUGUCGAAAUCUUGUUUUCUAUGCCUUUGGUCGUCAGAAUAAAUGAAAAUGAUGAAAAAUAAAUAUCGACCUCCUGGUCUGGUGUCCUGCCUCCUGGUGAGAAAUGAUUCUAUCCCUUGUUUAUUGGGAAAUUUUCCAGUGGUUAAUCACUUUAAUGCCAUAUUCAAAUGAAACAUGGCACCAAGAAGAGGCGGCAGUGCCUUCUCCACAUGGACAUAUUUCUCAGGAUUCAAUUCCUGACAUUCCAGGGAGCUUGUCAGAUCAUUCUCUCUUGCCUUGGAAAUCCUGCAGAUUCCCUGCAUGUCUUCAAACCUCCCAUCAAACCUGAUUCGUCCCUAAAACAAUUUGGUAUGAUUCUUUCUAGUCUGGAGAAUGUUCUGCAGUCUGUGUUUUAUAAUUAUUCUUUGCAUAGUAUUUAUUGAAUCUAGAUUAUCAUUUGGCAAUGAGACCAGGACCUUGGAGUUUGUAAAUUAUAUUAGAUAAUAUUAAUAGUGAAAGAGCUACCCAAAUAUAUCUACAUUAUGUGAAUAAUCUACUGUAAUAAUAUUUAAAGACCAGUGUUGCUGCUAUUUUUAAUGUUUUGGUUAUUUUAAGUGAAAUAUAUGUAAUGUUUUAAACUUAGGGAAUUAAAUUUGAAGAUUUUUCUUGCCUUCCACAAUGUGAAUAUUAUACAUAAAUAUAUAUAUAUUGACAUAUUGCAGAGAAAACAAAAUGACAAUCUUUUUUGAGAAUGUAAAGUGAAUGUACUCCAUUUAUGCUAUAACUGUUGUUGUUGAUGAUGGAAUGAGUUUUGAUUUUUGUUAACAUUUUUAUCAACUGGUCUCUAAAUUUUUUUUUGUUUUUUGUUUGUUUGUUUGAAAGACAUAUUUCUCAUUGUAUGAGUUUUAAGUAGAUUGGUUUUGCAUUUUUGUAUUAUGCUGCUACUAGAUGUUAAUUCUCCAGUACUAUCAAAUAAAAUGUGCUCCGAAAACCAA